AUGAUAUGCGAUAUAUUAUUUAAACCACAAAUUAUAUAUAAUAAGAAAGAUAUAUUUUAUAUAAAAUACAUUUCAUUUUAUCAACACAUAUGUAAGAGAGGUUAUAAAGAAGCUGCCGCUAAAGUUUUUAAUAAAAAAAGCAGUCACACAAGUACGUGGAUUCAAAGACAAAUAAGUGACCGUUAUGUAUUACGAGCUAAGAAUGAUAAUUAUAGGAGUCGAGCAGCAUAUAAGUUAAUUGAAUUAGAUAAUAAAUAUUUAUUUUUGAAAAAAAAUAAAAUAAUUUUAGAUAUUGGAUGUUAUCCAGGUAGUUGGUGUCAAGUUAUAUUAGAGCGUACUAAAAAUUAUAGAAAUAAAAUAAUUGGAAUUGAUAAAAAUAUAAUGGACCCUUUACCUAAUGUUUAUUUUAUUCAAGGUGAAAUAGGUGUAGAUAAUAUAGAUAAUAAGAAUAAUAUAAACAAUAAGAAGAAUAUAAAUUAUAUUGACAAUAUUAAUAAAAAUUCUGUUGAUUAUAAAUUAAGAGAAAUAUUACAGGAUAAAAAAAUAGAUGUAAUAUUAAGUGAUGCAGCUGUUCCAUGUAUUGGAAAUAAAAUUGAUGAUCAUUUAAAUUCAUGUGAACUUACAUUAUCAAUCACACAUUUUAUGGAACAGUAUAUAAAUAUAGGUGGUAUUUAUAUUCUUAAAAUGUAUUUAGGUAGUCAAACUAAUAAUUUAAAAACAUAUUUAAAAGGUAUUUUUCAAUACGUCCAUACAAAUAAACCAAAAGCAUCUAGAAAAGAAUCAAGAGAAAUAUAUCUCGUAUGUAGAAAUUUUAUUGGAAGAAAAAAAAUUACAGAAGAUAUACAAAUCAAGGGAUCAUUCUCUUCAAAAGAAGGCUACUACUGA